AUGGUUGCAAUAAUCAGUGCUUCUGGAACAGCUCUGCCAACAUUCCUUAUGUUUCCUAGGAUGAAUUUUAAAAAUCACAUGCUGCAUAAUGCUCCACCACGCUAUGGGGGUGCAGCCACUGCCUCAGGCUGGAUGAACAGUGAACUAUUUUUACCAGUCCUGCAGCACUCUGUAAAACAUCAAAGGCCUACAGAGGAACAUCCUAGGCUCAUGAUUCCUGACAAUCAUGAAAGCCACACAAGCAUAACAGCAAUAUCAUAUGCAAAAGAAAAUGGAAUUAUUUUGCUUACUUUGCCUCCUCACACAAGCCAUAAGCUCCAACCUCUGGAUGUAGUAGUUUUUGCAUCUUUCAAGAAGCUCUAUAAUACAGCAUGUUGUGAUCUUAUGGCAGAUACAGGAAGAUCUAGCAUAAUCUAUGAUGUUGCUGGACUGGUUGGCAGAGCUUUUCCCCUUGUAUUCACCAGCCAAAAUAUAUGCAGUGGUUUUAGGGCAUGUGGUAUUGAACUACUAAACAGAGACAUUUUUCGACCUGAAGACUAUCUCCCAACUUAUUUAAUUAAUCAGCCCUUGCAAACAAGUCAAGAUGAAUGCAAAAGAACUGAACAAAUCUCUCCAGAAGACAUUUGGCCUCAUCCCAAAGCCCCUCUUGCAAGAAGAAAAAAAAAAAAAAACAAGAAAUCAAAAUCAAUUAUUUUGACAAACACAUCUGUAAAAAUCAUUCUUGAAGAUGAAGCUACAUUAACAAAAGAAAGGAAAAUGAAGUAUUUAAUAGGAUGA